AUGCUUUUUCGACACCGCUAUCGUAUAUGGUGGCGAUGGUCAUCAUCCAUUCAUUAUUUACAUUUUUUUCGUUGUCCUGAACAUUUAUUUAACCUGCAACGGCAAGUGCGUCAAGCGAAAUUAUUUGUUGCUUCUCGUCUUGAUGAUUAUAUAGUUAUUGAUUGCUCAUUUAUUCAUGAAUACAAGGAAAGUGAUAUUUCACUUGGAAAUUAUUAUGAAAGACUUCAAUUAAAAAUUCAUUCAUGCUUUACUUCUCUCUAUCGUUAUCAUUCACCAUCGUUUAUUAUUUUAUGUAAUAUUAUUUCGAAUAACAACGAUAAAUGGUUGCAAACUAGUCCUUAUUGUCAUGUCACAUCUCUUUCCUAUCUUGACUUAUUUCCUCGAGAACAACUUGUCUAUUUGUCACCUGAUUCACCGAACAUAAUGACUGAAUAUGAACAUAAUGUUAUUUAUGUACUUGGUGGAAUAUUUGAAAAAACAAAACAUGAACACCUGACUUUAGAGAAAGCUGAACAUGAACAUAUCCGACAUCAAUCUUUACCACUUCAAAAAUAUCUGAAAUUUUCAACUACUGCAAGUCCUGUUUUGUCGCUUAAUCAAGUCUAUAAUAUAUUAAUGACACUCAAACACAAUAAUAACAAUUGGUUCGAAGCGUUAAAGUGUAUUCCUGAACGUUGUCUUCUUCGGUAG